AUGACCCUUACAGAGCAACAGAUCAGCCUCAUCUCCAAGAACCCGCUUAAUGAUACGUUAGACCGUUCCCAGGUCAAGCUAAGCGGUUGCGACGAAACCGACCAAGCAUUGCGGGAUGAGAUCGCCAGUCUUCUGUCAGCUUUGGUGGGUUCUACCGCGGCGUUUAACCCCUGCUCCAGAUGGAAGCGGCGAUUUGGCGGUGAAGCUCUUUUCUGUACAACGACUCGUUCGAGGAGGUGGGUGAAGCUCGACCAUUUCCGUCCUCUUAUUCGCUCUGUUGUCAACAAUGCUCCUGAUGUCGUCAUUUGGGAUGCCGUCUUCGGUCUCAUCGACACCCUCAGCGCCCUCACUUCCCCUCCGUCCAGCAUCGUCCCAACCUACAAGGGAACACCUGUCAAGACCAGCUCGAGCAGACUUGCCGAUGGCGAAACGCGCGACAUUGUCGAAAGGGAGCUCUUCUUCGAGAUAAAAGACUGCACCUUUCGCAAUGUGGGAGGAUUCUGCGACAAGUUCUUCGACUCCAAGAGCUGGCGCAAAGAACAGAAAGUAAUGCUGAAGAGGAUGAUGGUGGCGCACGACGGAAAGAAAUGGACGGACUUCCCGUCCACCUCCGAUGAAAAAGCGGUCUGGACAUGGCUCCGUGCGCUUGAAGAACGCUUCUUGACUGAUGCACCCCACAAGUUAUACACCACCCGAACCGCCAACCAGUUCAAGGAACGGAAGGGCCAGAUGGAUCUCUUCUUUCAGAAGCCAGCCAGGAAAGCCAACAGCACAUUUACCUACAAGGACGUUCUCGUUGUUGGAGAGCAAAAGAAAUCGGAGGACAAGUUCAAGGCGACUCUCCUCCAGCUCACGCGGCUGGAGGGGCUGAUAGUCAGGCAGCGCGCUAUCGUGUGUCGCGGGACUACUUGCUACCGCACCCGAAACGGGCAUGUUGCUAAGUUCUCCUGGGCAUCGGAUAAGCGGAAACCUGAGGUGGACCAUCUCAAACAUGCGGAAGGGACUGGAGUUUCCAAACCUCACGGGUUCCGGGAUGAAGAUGUCCACUUCAGAGAUCUACCAUCGGCCGUAGGAAGCACGGGCACAGCAAGUCACAAGCGCAAAUCAUCCUCUGACAACACGAUCUAUUCUUGCCUCGUCGUCUCACCAGCCGGCCGUGUCAUCAGCGACUUCAAAUCGAUCAGGGAACUGCUGGAGUCGCUCCGAGACGCUAUCAGGGCACACCAGUCUCUCUACGUCACUGGCAACAUUCUCCACCGCGACAUCUCGUCAAACAACGUUAUCAUCGCAGACGCAAAGAAGCCAGGGACUUCAAAGGAAUGCUCAUCGACCUUGACCUGGCCAAAAGAAGCCGCCUGA